AUGAAGUUAGCAAGGUAUAGCAAAGAGUAUAUUGAUGGUGUUGAAUCAUUCCUAGAUUUUGCUUACUUUUAUGGAGAUCCUCAAGGAGAAGAAAUUCAGUGUCCAUGUGCAAAAUGUUGUAAUAUUUGUUGGACUCGAAAGAAGGUAGUGUAUGAUCAUCUAAUAGGCUAUGGAUUUGUUAAAGGCUAUACUAGAUGGAUCAAUCACGGGGAAUGGGAUAUCAAGUUGAAUGUUGACAAUGAUAUGGAUUGCUCGCAUGAAGAUAUUAAUGGGUUGUUGAAUGAUCAAUUUAGAGAUGUUGCACAGGAUGAAGGAGUUUAUGAUGGUGCAAAUGAAGAUGCCAAUAAAUUCUAUAACUUAGUUGAAGAGUGUCUACAUGGAUGGAGCAAUGAAUCAUUCACUUCUCUUUUAGAAUUAUUAAAAGAGGCGAUGCCCGAGUUGAACAUUCCUCCAUCUUACAAUAAAACCAAGUCUAUGGUUAAGAAUCUUGGUCUUGAUUAUGAGAAAAUUGAUGCAUGUUCCAAUGAUUACAUGUUGUUCAGGAGUGAACACAAGGAUGAUGAAUUUUGUCAUACUUGUGGAGCUUCACAAUAUAUUAAAUCUCUUGAAGUUGAUAGUGAGCUUGAGCCUUCAAAAAAACAACAUCGAGUUUCAGCAAAGUCUUUGAGACGCUUUCUAUUAAUUCCUAGUCUCAAAAGGCUAUUUAUGUACUCAAAGACGGCAGAUUCUUUGAGGUGGCAUGACGAGGAGCGUUCUAAAGAUGGAAAGUUAAGGCAUCCAACUGAUGGUCUAGCAUGGAAAGAUUUUGAUAGGUUGCAUCCAAAUGUCGCACUAGAUUGUCGCAAUGUGAGACUUGGCUUGUCAAGUGAUGGGUUCAAUCCAUUUCGAACCAUGAGUAUAUCACAUAGCACAUGGCAAGUUAUGUGGAUGGUGUAUAAUUUGCCGCCUUGGAUGUGCAUGAAAUCUGAAUAUUGUAUACUUUCUUUACUUAUACCUGGGUCGCGAUCACCUGGAAAUGACAUUGAUAUUUACUUACAACCAUUGAUAGAUGAAUUAAAAUUAUUGUGGGAUUCUGGGGUUGAAACAUAUGAUGCUUCAAGAAAUCAAACUUUUCAAAUGCGGACAACUCUUAUGUGGACAAUCAAUGACUUUCCUGCAUAA